AUGAAAUUAAGAAAAUUAUUGAAUUUACCAAUUUAUGUAAAAGAUUUAAAAUUAUUACAAUUUUCUAAUUGGAUAAGUGAUUGGUCAAAUGAAUUAAGUUGGGAAUAUAUAAAAAUGGCAAAUUAUGAAUUACCAUUAUAUAUUAAAGAAGGAUAUUGGAUACCAGAAUCAUUGAUAACAAUUUGUACACCAGAAGCAAUACAUAAAAGUUUGAUUGAUAUAAUCUAUGAAUUUACACAAGAAGAUUAUGAGAAAAUUGAUACUAUUUCAAUAAGAAAUCUAUUUACUCGUACUGGGAAAUAUUAUGAUGGGGGAUAUUUAAAUAUACUUUCAUUUCUAAUCAAUAUAUGUCAAUGUUUACGUGAACGUCAUACGGAUUUACAUUGUCCGAAUCCUUGUGCUAAACCAAAUGUCUGUCAUGAUGAUAUAAACAGUAACGGUUUGUGUAUGAUAAUAUCAAAUGAUGAACUUUUGAAUAAUGUACCAUUAAAUAUACGAAACAAAUUGGGAUCAAUCUAUGCUUAUGAUUAUGAAUGUGUAUGUGUAAAUGAUUACACUUUUAACCAUACAUUAAAGAAGUGUGUACCAAUCAGAAAACAUUGUGAUUCUUCUAUUUGUCUAAAUAAUGGAGAAUGUGAAUAUCUACCAGAAGAAGAACGAAUUAUUCCUAAUAUUGAAUUUAUUUGUAAAUGUCCACCUGCAUGGAAAGGAUUAUCAUGUGAAGAACCAAGAAAUCCUUGUUUAGAAACACAUGGACUAUGUGGACAAUAUUCUUGUUAUCGUGAUCCAACUAAUUCAAAACUUGGUUAUCGAUGUCAAUGUCCAAUUGGAUUUAAAGCGAUCAGUACAACUAAUCCACAAUGUGUUAAUAUAAAUGAAUGUUUAGAAUAUACAAAUGAUGAUAUUUGUUUAAAUGGUGGAAUUUGUAUUGAUAAAGAACCGUAUUCAACUAUUGAACAUGAUGUAACAGAAGUAACCUAUGGAUUUCAGUGUAUAUGUCAAAAUGGUUAUUCUGGACAACGUUGUGAACAUAGGCCACCGCCAUUGGAAUGGACUAUAUGGUCUACAUGGACAGAUUGUUCAGUUAAAUGCGGUAUUGGUGUUCAUAAACGUUUUCGUAAUUGCUCGUUACCUAAUCGUUGUAUUGGAUCAUAUGUACAAGUCAGUAAAUGUCAGGGUCAUAUAUUAUUUUGUGAAAAUGAAGAGAUUAAUGAAUUAAUUCAAUCAGGAUCAAAAAUCAUAAAAAGUUGGGAUACAGAAUGGUAUCUUCAUGAAAAUUAUUCAUUCAAUGAUACAUAUUAUUACAGUAAUUUACGUAUGAAUCAAAAAACAUUUUAUUCAACACAUCUCCAUAUUUCCAAUAUGAUCGGUGUUGUGUUGGAAUGGAUUACAACUAUACAAUUAACUUAUGAAUGGACAAUAACAGAAUUAAUAGUAUUCUAUACAAUUAUAAUGAUGAUAUUAAUCUUACCAAUAUAUUUCAUGAUUAUUUGUUUAAUUAAAUUAAUUCAAUAUGUAUUACAUGGAAAUAGAAUGUGGUGUAAUUGUAGAAUUAUGUAA